AGCUGUUCGUCUUGGCAGUGUUCUCGGGGUUUGUCAACUGCGUGUAUGAACCUGCGAUAUAAGGUACAUGGCAGAUCACGUGCAUAUACAUUAACUACUGAUGGUGAUAGUAAUCAGCCCCCCCUACUGCCAAAUAAAUGAUAUGGGACCCUCUUGAAUAAGAGUUGUGAGACUCGGUGAGGCUUUCCUGGAUCAGAAAGUGUAAGUGAUAAUAAUAAUAUGCACUCGGUGAAAACUAUGGUGUAUUGCUUUUAAUUAAUUACAAUUUCGAAAAGAUAUUCCUCGCUUAUUGUCUGUCUCAUUUGGGUCCCUGACCACCUUCAAAAUAAAAUUUUCAUGCUGCCAACAGCACAGAUUAUUUUUUCCAGUGUCACCUGGAAACAUUCUUUCCCGGGUCGUAACAUUCUGCAUAAGCAUUCCACCAAUAAUUCGAGGGUUCGCUUUCAUAGGUUAUGGUUCCAUCUUGGCUCUGAAAGGUCUAUAAACAUCCCACCACCAAUGGUCCUGUAUUUUAGAUGUUUGGCCAGAACCAAUGUAAUUAAUAUUCUGUGUUGUGGGAGGGAUUUGGAGCACUCCUAGAACACCUACCGUACAUACGAUAGGAUAAUCCUCAAAGGUCCACACCGAUGGGUUUAUAAACCUGCUUGCUCUACUCCCAUCUGCUGGACAUCUCGGAGCCUAGCAGGUUUUGGAAAAUCACAAACCCUGUUUUAACGGGCCACCAACCCAUGCGUCGAGCUCCGCUUGGCCAGUGACGCUGUUACCUGCACCGAGAAAGCAAAAUCUCACGACUGUUGGUCAUCGCUCCCUGCGCCUGUUUUAUUCAAGUAGGGCGGGGUGGGACUCCCUCCCUUUGGCAACAGCCGCUACGACCAAGGAGCCCCUCGCUGGGGUUCACGUAACGCCCCACGCCUCUGGGAAUGGGGGAGGGGGAUACGAGGUGCUGCUGAUGUCAGCGCGCCGACAGCUGUCCGCCCAGGCCCAUGCUCGUGCUACCGCGGUGGAUUAACUUCGGGCGACAGCACGCCCCCGUUUUGCGUCGGCUCUUCGGCGGAGGAGGGGAAACGCGUCGGUGGCGGCGGCGGCGGCAACAAUGCCGGGCUUCGCAGAGGACCCACAGCUGCUGACGAAGGAGAAGCUCAAGCGGGAGCUCGUGGCGCACAAGGUGGCCCUGCCGGCGGGAGAGCACAAGAAGGAGGUGUACGUGCGGCUGUACCACCGGCACGUGGCUCCGACAGGUGGCGCCGACUUCUCGAGCGACGAGGAGGACGAUAGCGCCACGCCGUCGCUGCACGGAGCGGGCGGCGGCGUCAUGUCGUCGGAUGGGGUCGGCACAACGAGUGACAUGACAAGCAAGGUGGAGGUGGGAGGCCUAGACGUGGAUGUGUCCUCGCUCUCCAACGCGGAACUCGCCAGGAAAAUCAGGGAGUUUGGAGUCAGCCCAGGACCUAUUGUCGCCACGACGCGCAAGCUCUACGAGAAGAAGCUGCUGAGGCUGCUGGAGCACGGCGACGCCGCCCCAUCCACGGCAGCCGCCGGGAACUCGGGCGUCAACGGCAGCCUGCAGGCCGAUCGCUACAGCGACACGGAGGAGGACGAGGACGAGGAGGAGGACGAGAUGGCAGAGGUUUACGAACAAACUGGAGAAGAAACUGAAAAAGCAAUUCAGACGUCUUUCCUGUCGCCCUUCACAACGCACUCUACCAAGGAAAACACUUCUCCCGGACCGUCGCAGGACAGCCCCACGGGGAGGCCGGGCCUGGUGUCUCUGCACCGGCGAGCCAUUGCCCAUCAGAUGGCUCUGGCCGUUAGCGGUGCUAACACCGACAUAACAACAGCGAGCACCCCGUGCACGAUGCGGCGAUGCAGCUUGCAGCCCACCGGCCUGGACGACAACUUUGACAUCUCCCUGCUGUCCGAGGGCCUGGAGCAGCGGUUGACGGCAGCAGCGGCCUCCGCCGUGCCUGACAGCCUCUCCUCGUGCGGUGGCACCGUUUGGCAGAGGCCGUCCAUCAAGCAAGACGACCGCCGCACCGCGUCGGACUGGGAGCCUUGGUUCUCGGCAAAAGAAGAUUUUGUGUCGGUGCGGCGCCAGAAAAAGCUCGACAGCCUAAACGUUUCCCACCUCGUAGGGCAGUUUGACAGCAAGAACAUUUCUCCAAUAGAACGUUCCCUUUCCAAGAGCGAUUCCGGCGAAGGGCUCUGCGAGCUGGACACGGCCAUGAUGCAGGGAAGAUCGUCCGAGGACAUUGCAGCGAUGCAGGAGCGCAGACAGAAACGUGCAACUCCUUGCACCCUUAAAGGCCAAGCCCACCAGAGCAAAAACUUUGCGGACUUGAAGCUUGGUGGAGGCAACGAUGCAGACUUGUUUAUUUCGCCGUCAGGAAUAAGCGCCACUCGACGGCGCCCAAUCCGCGGCUGCGCCCAGGACGGCUGGGGCGGCUUCUCCCCGGACCCGGCGUCCAGAUCGUCGCUCGGCCUCGGCGCCUCCCCCGUCUCCCGCCCCCGAGGGCAGGGCCCCAUCGCGGGACCCGUCCACGAGGCGGCCGCUUCCGCCGGGCCGCUGGCGGCCUCCGUGCCCGUCUGGGCGCGGUUGGUCGCCUUCGUGGUGGCGUGCGCGUUCAUCGCGCUCGUGUACUACGCCUUCGAGGAGAACGUCCAGCUCUCCGGCCCCUUCGAGGGGGCGGCCGACGCGGCAACGGUGGCUGCUGCGGACGGCGGGAACGAUGGCGGCGGAGUGACGAUGGCAGAGUGAAUGUCGCCCCCCCCCCCCCCCGUUCAUCCUCCUGACCCCCCCACCCCUCCUGUGCUCCGCCGUUUAGAAGGGGCUGUGAGAGGAGUGGGGGGGGGGGGAGGUCGCUUUGAGAUGGAAGUCUCGGUAUCGAGGGAGGCCCGAGGCCAAGCAACCUCAAACAACUACAUUUGACAACUUCAAUAAAGUAGUAACCGGCUUCGUUCAGUGUUAACGUUAUACUUAACAUAAAAAAGCUGCAUCGUUGUGGGGUUUUUGUUAAUAUCCACGUACACAAGGCAAAUGCACAUGCCUCUUGCAUGUUCACAGGUUUGCUCUCUGCACUCGACCUGUUGUGUACCACGACUGAUCAUAUUUGGCGUCGACAUUUCAGAAGCGGGCAGCCUUCACCCUUCCCCUCUCCCCCCUUGUUGCUCUGGAAUCAGCUGGCUUCUAAGCGCCAAUUGCCUCUCCUUGUGCUGCUGCGAACGAACCAGGUGUGAGGCUGUGUGCUUGGCUGUGUGUGUGCAGCUCCACAGGGGCCUUGCAGCGCUGUAUGCAGUCGAGGCUUAACAAAUCGCAUCGAUCUGCCAAUAUUGAUCCUUAAGCUUGCGGCACAUGCACAGAAGCGGCAUGCAUAAACAAUCAAUGUUUUUCAAUUUGUAUUUUAUGUAAUGGGUUCACGUGACACCCCCUCCUCUCACCGCCUAGCAGCCACCAGUGGCCGCUACAUUCACCAAAGUGCAAAGAUAUCGAUUAAUUUCAUCGUUGGAGUCCUAUGCCACCGCAAAUACCGCAGAGUAGCUCGGGGGGGGGGGGGGGUACCGUAGGAGUCCAUUCCCAAUCCUUACAAGUAGCGCUGCGAAUCGAUGCAGAAUCGCAGACGGGCUUGGGAGAAGAAAAUCCGGGCCUUUCCCCCGCCUUGAUUUUCCACUGGUGGCGGCUUGCCGAACCCAUUCAACGCUUAAUCCCACCGAGCUCCGGAGAAAGAUCACGUUUCUGCGAAGUGCAGUGCUGCACCGGUUCUGCAGUGCUUGAGUGGGACGUUUGUAGCCAGGGCCUGUGAAGUGUGUUCGUCGACUUGUUGAUUGUGAGAAAGCGCCGUGUUGUUUUGGAAGAGUCCUCCGGUGUUCUGGCAGCCAGUGGGUCUCGUACAUCCGAGCAGCAGUUCGUGUGCCAGGUUUGCGAACGUGGUUAAUUGGAGGAAGCACAUUACUGUAUUUAUUUUGGCAGUGGUAGGUUUUUGUAUGUUUCAUAGUUAUUUCUUUGGAUGUAGUUUUCAUUGUAGCUGUGUGCUUCAGUGCUUGAUAACAUUUGGUAAAGGUUUCACAGGGUUGCUGGUUCAUUUUUCUCAAUUGAUCCAACACUGCAAUUAUCAUUUGUAGUUACAUUUUUUCGUCGAAUUCAGCUCCAUCACCGUUACCUACAUUGACCUGGUUAUUGGAGCAGGACGGUGGCUUAAUACUGUUAUAACUUAUAGAGAGAGUGGAGCGCAUAUUCAUAAUUUACAACAAUGACAUUGUUUAUGUGCUCCCAUUUCAUUCCAUAAUGCACCGCUCAUAAUGAAAUGUGCUUUUAUGUACCACCUGCUUCAUCGCACUGACUGCUAAGCGUCAAUACCUGCGUCGUUGUGUGUCGAUUGUUACUCGUCGUAUGCGACCGGUGAGCAUGACUUGCCCCACGAGGUGCAAGUGUAAAACAAUAAUCCUAAAUUUAAAUGACUUGAAGUUGUCAUCAACUCCGUUACACCUGGACUGGGUGGAGUUCAAAGUCGGGCUUCUCUGAACAAAACAACAUCCACCUUUGGUGCUGAAUGCAGGUGAUACAAUACGGGUAAAGAAUGCCUCCUACCCCUUUAUUUCCUAUGAGUAUAUUCAUAGCUUCAAAGACGGGGGGGUAUAGGCAAUUUCUGCCCCGUGCGAUGUUAAACCAAUUAAUGGGCGUUUUAAAAUAUUAAGGCUGUACUUUUGGUGGUAGCUUGUUUGUGUUGAUGUUGUCUGAUGCCUUUUUCGAUGCUUUUUGUUGUCACCGAAUCCUAAAUAAUUUUAGAUUCUUCGUACCUAGUAACUUUAGGGAGUGCGCACACACAGACACACGAGUGGAGUUGUCACAAUUUGAGCCAUACAUUUCAACGCAGUAUUGUUUGAUAUUUUGAACUUAAUAAAUUGUACGCAGUUAAUGUUUGA